AUGGAAACCAAACCUCGCCCGCGUCUCUUGGAAUGUCCCAGGAAAAAAAAAAGAAAAAAAGGGGAAGGGGGGGUGCGCCCUACAGAAAUGAUGUGCAAUUGCACGGUAAAUGGGAACUAUAAACGGAUUUACAGGUACAAUCCUCUAACGUAUACAAGCAGUUCGAUUAAAGUAGUCAGAAAUAGGAGUAUCUACGUCAAUCGUACAUGUACUACCAACUAUAAAAGGUUCUUUGUUGUCGAUCACAUAAACAGGGGACGGCAGCGUAUUCACAGUGAAAAACUGAGGGGGGAGAAAAAAAAAGAGUUGCUAAAAGCUGCAAGGCGCGAAACAGUUUUUCUCAAGUUCGAAAAUAGACAAGGGGAAAAAGCAGACACCAAUUUAGUGGCAGGUAAGAGAUUGAGAGAGAGACAAACACAUCUAGAGAGACAAGGUGCCAUUAAACUUUUGGAUAACCAUGACGGUGUACAAGAAAGAUGCUUGUGGAGAAGCCAAAGUUAA